AUGGCUGACUCUGUCCCCGCCCUCGACUUCACUGUCGGCUGGGCCUGCGCUCUACCCAUUGAGCUGGCGGCCGCAGCCGAGGUGAUGGAUGAGGAAUUUCGCGAACUCCCAUCGCAGCCGAGCGAUUCCAACAUAUACUCCUUCGGCCGCAUCGGCGUCCACAAUGUCGUGGCUGCCUGUCUGCCUGCCGGCCAAAUCGGCAUGAAUCAAGCAGCCGCCGUAGCUAGCCAGAUGAGGACCAGCUUCCCCUCGCUGCGGUUUGGCGUGCUUGUUGGCAUUGGCGGUGGCGUCCCAAACCUCGACGAGAACAUUGAUAUCCGUCUUGGCGACGUUAUUAUUAGCCAGCCAGCAGGGCAACAUGGUGGAGUUAUCCAGUAUGAUUUCGGGAAGACUGGGGCUGACGGUCACAUCUCUCGCACUGGCAGCCUGAAUGCGCCACCGCAGAUUUUACUUCAGGUCUUGUCCAAGCUUCAAUCGAACAUUAUUCGACGCAAGACACGAGUCUCUAACUACCUGUCUAAGCUCUCUGCUGUGCCAGUGUUUGCGUCACCUGGCCCUGACAACGACAUCCUUUAUCGUACAUCAUCGCCGCAUAUCACUGGAGCUACAUGCGCAAAAUGCAAUCCAGAAGACGUACUGCAUAGGGUAGCCCGUGCGACAACAGACCCAGUCCUCUUUUUCGGUAACAUUGCAUCCGGGAAUCAGGUGAUGAAGGAUGGAUUGACACGCGACAAGUACAGCCAGGAGCUUGGGGGCGUCUUAUGCUUUGAGAUGGAGGCAGCUGCUGGCCUGAUGAACAAUUUCCCUUGCAUCGUCAUUCGCGGUAUCUGCGACUAUGCAGACGCUCACAACAACAAGCGGUGGCAACCAUACGCUGCAGCAACUGCAGCAGCAUGCGCUAAGGAGCUGUUACGUACUAUCCCACCAUUAAUCACGGCUUCAGAGCUACGCCAAGAGGAUUUUACCAAGGGGCAACUUGAAUUGACCUGGGGCAUGGUUCAUCUUGCAACAACAUACAGCAGCCAGGGGAAGCAUAACGAGGCAGAAAACAUCCACAGAGAAGUCUUAGAAGUACGCAAAAUAGUUCUUGGAACGAAGCACCCUCAUACGAUCAAAAGCAUGAUUGAAAUAGCGACAACGUACCUAGCUCAGGGAAAGUACAACGAAGCAGAGAAGAUGAAGACCGAAGCGCAGAAGCUAUACAAGGAGGCGUAUGGAAUGACGCAUGGGAAGGCAUGA